AUAUUUCUUCAAUUACGCAUUAUUCUUAAGGUUCCCGGCUCCGCUACUGGUCUUUUAAGUUUUAACCCGCCACUGGGAUCGUAAGUCGCGGUUACCGGAGAGGGCGGACACCGUUCCAAGGCGCUGAGCAUUCCCGAAGUUAGGUAAUGGCAGAGCGCACUACGGAAGAACCCUGGAAAAUUCUUGAAUUCUACAGCGGCAUUGGUGGUAUGAGGUACUCCCUGAUGAGGGCUGAGAUUCAUGCAAAUAUAGUAGAGGCAUUUGACAUCAAUGAUCGAGCCAACGAUGUGUACAUGCACAAUUUUGGAUGUCGUCCCUUUCAGGGAAAUAUUCAAAGCCUCUCUGCAGCUGAACUAGACAAAUAUGCUGCACAUGCAUGGCUGCUUUCUCCUCCAUGCCAGCCUUACACUCGACAAGGUCUUCAUAAAGACUCAGCUGAUGCUCGGGCAUCCUCUUUUAUAUGGAUUCUCGAGCUUAUUCCACAAAUGCGGCAACCUCCGAUCAUGUUAUUUGUAGAAAAUGUUGUAGGUUUUGAGAUAUCUAAUACGCAUAAGCACAUGAUGGACAUUUUUGCCAAGAAUACUUUUGUAACACAAGAAUAUAUCCUGAGCCCGUUGCAAUUUAGAAUUCCAUAUUCUAGGCCUCGUUAUUUCUGUCUGGCAAAGAGAAAGCCAAUAUCUUUCAAGAACCCGUCUCUUAAUUAUCAAUUAUGUCAUACACUCACUCCACUAGUACCGUUGGAGGACAAGACGCUGAUGGAUGCAUGCCUACCUGAAAAGGUUAAGGAAGAAAGUUACUUAUCAUGCCUAUCCAUAAGCAAUUUUCUUGAAACAUCUGGGUCUUUGAUGGGAUUUGAGCAAGAUUGUCAUGGUAAAGAGGCUAAUGGAAGUGUGGACUUCUUGGAAAAGUUUGCUGUUCCCCACAGUUUGAUAGAGAGGUGGGGAAGUGCCGUGGAUAUUGUGUAUCCUAGUUCCAAGCGCUGUUGUUGUUUUACCAAAAGUUAUUUUCGUUAUGUGAAGGGUACUGGAUCAUUACUUGCUACUUCUGAAAAUUUCAAUUAUGAAGCAGCAAAGAGUACCGGAACUUGCUUCAUGAAAGAUUUGGGACUUCGUUAUUUCACUCCACGUGAGGUGGCUAAUUUGCAUUCUUUCCCAUUAGAUUUCUGCUUCCCAGAGCACAUAACCAUUAGACAGCAGUAUGCCCUACUUGGGAAUAGUCUCAGUAUUGCCGUGGUGGCUCCCUUGCUUCAGUAUCUGUUCACCGAAUCUACUUGACGUUAUGGAGGCAAGGGAAUCUCUCAGAUGGAACAAAAUUCUCUUUGGAUUUUUGCAUUACACCACCAGUGCACAGCCUCAUCUGGUUUGUUGAAUUUGCAAGGUUAUCUUCUACCAGCUGUGCACCUUUUAUUCUUAUGGAAAUUUAUGGUAUUACCUCGAGUAAAAUUCAAACCAUGUUGGUUUUUCUUUUUCUGCAUAUUCAGGGUAAGUCCUAAUGUAGCUUUUAUUGUCUUUGAAACAUUUCGGCUCUGUUUGGUUUGAAUGAAUUGGAGGAAAUGCAAAUUCAUUCAAUUUCUCAA